UAUAUCUGCGAAAUAAAAUGCAAGCGCGCUGUGAAAUUAAGGACGUGUCGCGGUUUUGUACCGGGAGGCUGACACCUCGUCGCUUCGGCCGGUUCCGGCGGUGCAACUACACAAUCGCAACUAACGAGAAACCACUCUCUUAUUUGCACCGUCGUUAUACCAUUGCCAGAACAUCGUGAUUCCGCGUGCAGCAUUAUUAUCUCCGACGAUUAAAGUACAAACGUAUGCAUACACUCGCAUUGUACCCCGCCGACCUCGACUUUAUUAUACCCACGUUUGCUGCUUUCACAACUUAUACAUGUAUUUGAAUGAAAAGCAAUAUAACGCCUUUAUAAAUUUUAAUAUCUCGACAAGUCACAAAUAUUUGACGCAUAUAAAGAAUAUUGCAAUAUUCAAGAGUGGUCUGUUUUCUAUUCGAAUUUUUUUUUUAUUUUUGAGAGCAAAUGUGAUUGCAGUGCACCACGGUAAACAUUAAUUAAUAGAUUCAUAUUGAAAAAAAUUUUUUUUUACUUUUUUCAUUUUUCGCGAAAAUCUAAAUGGUAUUAAAGAUAAGGCUCGUUCAAAGAAUCGGAAAAGCAUAAUGGUAACAAAGGGAUGAAACGAGACGUGACAGAUUUCCUUAGACCUACAGGGGAUUCUCUUUGAGCCAAGCAUUAACGAUAUAGUGGCUUGGUUUUUGGCAACCGUAUGAGCGGUUAGCUUCCAGUUGACCGUGCGAAAAGAAGCCGCCACAUUUUCUUCCGGAACGCGUAACAAAAUGUGAAAUGGCAAUGAAAAAGAGAUUUCAUGAGAAAUUAAAGAUCCAAGAUUAACCACCGAUUAAUGUACACCCCGGCCUCGGGUUAAUGGAGCACAACCCGCGGGAGGGGAACGCGAUGACACCAACAGAAGACGGAGGUUACUUAAGCCGGGAUUAAAAGGCCGCCUAAAAUCCCCGAGCCCCCCGUCUCAGAUCGAUCAGAUCAUUCACGUGAACGCUUGUUGACGAGGAGCUUUGAACUUCAUACUUGCACCAGACGGCGCGGCGAGGAAUCUACGCGGAAUCUUGAAACUACGAUUCUACAUGACGGAGAGGAGAGGGAAAAAGGAGAUCCUUCCGUUUGCCCUUGAUCUCGGAUGAUCAAAGGACGCCGCCCGCCGAGGACGGAGCUUUAUUCCAUGUCUUGCGAGCUUCCGCGAGAGACGGUGGUUGGUGGUCGCGGCAUAAACGAUGCGUUGCUCGUCGUCGUGGGUGAAUUAAAGCGCUGCACUCGGGGCUGGUCGUUUGGACAAUCGAUAAUGCCGGGUCGUAAAACUCCCGUGCGCGAGGCACGUAGCAGCGUGUCCGAUAAAUAAUGCAAUUCUAUCAAGGGGGUCGAUAUCUCGAGGUGUGAAGCGAAAAGUGGCGCCGGGCCACUCUUAGCGCCUCGCAAAAACGCCCCGUGUGUCGAUUACGACGCUGAUUUGUGCAUCGAUCGCUGAUUAGACCUGGAAUGUUUCUCGAUUCUCCCCAGAAGAACUAAAAACAGAGUUAAUUGGGAAUUGGUAGCAAGUGUAAGUGCGUCCUUACUCGAGUGCUCGAGAUAGUGCGCGAGUUUCCUCGCUCCCCCUAUUUUUUAUUGCGGACGGGGCCGGUAUACGUGACGUCACUGCGAAAACCGAUUCGCAGUAGUGUGUCGGAUUUGGUAAAUAUUUGUCGGUACUUCGAAAUCGAGUAGUUUAACGCGUCACGAGGCGUCUCAUCGUGAUUCAAAGCUCGCCCGAUGUGAAUCGAAAAAGCAGGGAGAGGGUCUUUCCAUAUUGACACGCCAUAUCGAACGGAGCUCGUGCCUGAGUGUGUAUAAAAUCGUGGUGCACGGGCAAUUAAGAAGUAAAUCGGAAGAGGGGUAAUUAACGCGGUAUCUGAAGUACGAAGACGCUCGUGCCUCGCGGUAAUUAAUUACCCUCAACGCGAGUUUAGAAAAGUCUCUUGGGGGUCUCUCGUUGCGCGCGGACUUGAAAAAUGGAACUCACGCGGGUAACUCGCGAAUAAAAGCCGUGUAUAAUCGUAUACAUUUCCCGGAGUAUAGUAAUUGCAAAGUUGUACGAACUCCGGGCGCGAUCGCGAGGAAUCUCUUUUCGCGAGUUCACGCGGGGAAAAUCUUAUCGAAUACGGGAGCGCGGUGAGCCGUCACUUCUGAAUCCGCGAAAGUCAACCUAGUUUUGCGCCCAACGAUUCUGCCGGGCGAGCGCAGAAUGCGGGCGGUGCCGCCGUAUGUGCUUCGUUAAACUGACAAUAAUCGUCAAACCGCGCGGCACGAACUUACCGCACAGCGCCGAGUGCUGGCAAAUGAAAUUUCCCGCGCUUACGAUGACGUCGUUUCGUGAUUUGGGCGCCCGAGCGUCGACGUACGCGUGAAAAUUCGAAGAAGACUCCGUCUUCUCGACGAGUGCCUGCAUAGUGUUGCGCAUUCUGACGAGGAGAGAAAAUCACAAUCGCGCAGAGAAGAGAGAUCUAAGAUUCGAAGGGAGAUUAUUCGUGAGUUACCUCGCGAGAGAGAGAUAGAGGGGAAAAGAACCAAUUUGAUACACAAACUCGUACAAAGGGAAUCAGGAGACCGGGCAUUGUUUGUCGACGACCUGAGGAUGACUUAUCAAAGCAUUCGGGCAUUGAUGGCUUGUCGAUUCGUUUGAAUAUCCGCAAGAGGAUAUUCGAUAGCGGGAAGAGCGAUUGCCGCAAAGGAGCGUCGCGUGACGUCAUCGAAGAGUUAUCUCGGGAGGGAAAGAAAGAAACGUUUGUUAGGAAAAUCGCGGGUGAUUAUCACCGAAAAACAAUCACAGACAUGUGAUACGACAAGCGAGUGGUGUGCGCGAUUAGAGAAAUUAUCGAGAGAAUGACGGUGAUGUGCAAGCCGUUCGCGGAUGUUGCUCAGUGUCGGAUGAUGCUGCAGUGAGUAAACUAUCAAUAGAGGAGCGACGAGAGUGUGGCACAACGAGAUCAGUUUCGUCAUCGUCGUCGUCGUUGUCGUCGCCGUUCGCGGAGGAGAGUAAGAGAAGAGCCGUUCGACGCCGCUCAUAGAAAUAUCCAGCAUGAAGGAUCAUCGAGGAGGAUGGCUGCGCGCCGUGCUGCCCCUGAUAACGUUCCUCUCGCACCAGACCGAAUGCGCGGCCAAGAACGGGAGAUCCGUAGUGGAGCACCAUCCGUCCUCUUACUGGGAGCAACCCUUUAGUCAGCCUUACUUCGACAACACGACAAAGAGGGAGACCACAACCACCGUCGGGCAAUCCGCUUACCUGCACUGCAGGGUGCGCAAUCUUGGCGAUCGUGCGGUCUCGUGGAUCAGACAGCGGGAUUUGCAUAUCCUCACUGUCGGUAUCCUAACGUACACGAACGACCAGCGUUUCCAAUCGUUGCACAGCGAUGGCAGCGACGAGUGGACCCUGAAAAUCAGUUCGCCGCAAGUGCGAGACAGCGGAAUCUAUGAAUGUCAAGUCUCGACAGAGCCCAAAAUUAGUCAAGCUUUCAACUUGAGCGUAGUAGUCUCGAAGGCAAAGAUCAACGGCAAUUCGGAGCUCUACAUCAAAAGCGGAAGCGACAUCAAUCUGACCUGCAUCGUGCUGCAAACGCCGGAACCACCAUCCUUCAUCUAUUGGUACAAAGGCGAUAACGUUAUAAACUACAGCCAACGCGGGGGCAUUAGCGUCGUGACGGAGAAGCAAACGCGAACGUCACGUCUUCUGAUCAGCAGAGCGCUGCCAGCCGAUUCCGGCAAUUACACCUGUGCACCAUCCACAGCCGAGUCCGCCAGCGUCCUCGUCCACGUGCUCAAUGGAGAGCAUCCAGCGGCCAUGCAGCACGGAAACUCCAGCAACAGCGGCGCGGCCACGAGGACGCUCGCGUUGCUCCUGUUGCUCCUGCACGCCGGCUCCUUCGCGAGGUGACUGGUCGAUCACGAGGCGCUGCAGUAAGAGAGUAACGGCCGAUAGUUUCAUCCGGGCAGAGUUCGGGGCGACGACGAGGGUGGCGGCGAAGAAGAAGUGGAGAGGCCAGGCGAAGGAGGUAGAAGAGGAGCGGGCAGGAGGAAGGGAGGGAGGGAGCAACACACAUUACCCGCGCUAACCAUCACCUGCCAGACUCUAUAAAUCAGGCUCGCUCUUCUCUCCGUGCUGCGAUCAGCCACUCGUUGGACUCUGGAAGGAAUGGGAGAGUGCGCGGUGAGAACGCGAAGAUAUUUUCCAGAAUCUGGGAGUCGCCGUAGCUUUUCUCUCGCUUCCGGGGUUUCUCCUUAAAGCGACCCACCGCGUGUCCCGUGUGUUCUACGCCGGUCUCUCGCCGGACGAUGAGAGGACUCGUCACGCUACAACGAUCGAAAACAACAACGUUUAGAUCCGACCGGGCGAAAUCGGGGAUGUGUAAACUGGACGACGACGAGAGAAAAAGAAAAAGAGAGAAAGGGGUACUUUGGAGGAAGAAUGAUUUCUCUUGCGUCGACAUUCGACGGCGAAAUUAACAUUUCUUUUCUCUCAAGGGGGCAAGAUGAUCGCGUAGACGGUCUGGAGCGAUCUGUCGCGAAUGAGGCUCUCGAGGGGUGCAAGAACCUACGUGUUUUCGUUGUCCGGUCAUGCUAACCGAGCGACCCAGAUAUGCCGGCCGGGAGGGGAGCAAAACCAUCGCGUGGAAUUCCACUCAAUUUCUGGUCGCCGGUACACAGUAUUCGCUUCUUCCCCCGAAGAGAACAAAUAUUUUGAGGUUCGCCGCACUUAUCCUCACUCGCGCAAACUUCCGAGAUAUGUAUGCGCACCUACAUACGCUCGUAUACGUAUGUACACACACCCGCGUUAUACGAAUGUCACGUAAGCCGCCGCGCCGGAUGCGCUGCACUCCGACCCGCCUGAAAACUUUGCGUCACCGGCUUCGAAAUGCAAUUUCUUUUCAAUCGCGGAUGCGCAUAUCAUGUACGUUGCAAUCUCGUAUUUUAUAUUAGGAAAUCAAUUUUUCUAUUAGGACUUCGAGACGCCGAGUUUUAAAGUUACGUAUAUAGUUUCAAGUUCCGUCUUGAAACGUGCGGAACGAUUGUUUUACAUCUUUGUAAAGUGUCUAGUUAAUUUUUAUCUCCGCGCCACCGAGGGACACAAGAAAGACGAAGGAAAUGAGUCGCGCAGGUAAAAGAGAUGUUAGAUUCUAGAGAUGUUAUAAAUCCGUUAUUUUUUGUCCCGGGCUGCUUUUGGGACUGCGGAACUUUUCUUUCCACGAGCGCGAGGGCUCGGCGCUCCUUCGGAUUGAUUCUCACGCGCCGAAUUCGACGGAAGUUUCGCCGAAUAAAUAUUUCCCUCGGACCCGUGCCCGGAGCCUACCGCGGGACCGACUAACGGAAUCGGCUACGACAAUAAUCGAUUUUCGCCUUUCGCGAGGGAACGAAAAAGCCACUGAAGUAUCUCUGAAUUAUGCGGCCCGGGCCACGCGGAAUUCGUAGCUUGGCAAGGGAGGGACUCCCGCAGUUUCGCCCGGGCGUUCCAUUUGCAUCUCAGGACGCCGAAUUUACGAGCCCGAGGGUCGAUCCUCCGCCACGGCCACAAGACCAACGAGACCAUCGGUCCGUGUGCGCGUAUGAUAGACUCGAUAAGUUAUGUAACUAAGCUCGACGUACCCGUCGUUCGUGAGAGGGAAAUAUCGGCGUGGUCGAUAUACGGCGUGGAAACGAUAUAUCUUCUCGCUAUUAUACUAAAAUUCAAACGGAUAAACUCGCGCCUUUAAUUACAGAUACUAAUUUCAUGCGAUUAUUUUCUCGGCUAAAGUUUCUCAGUUCCAUAUAUUUUUUUUUAUCUUCAAACUUUCCGUAUGGCACCAGGAUUUUGUGGAUACAAUGCAGUCUUGCAUAUUGCGAUGCAAUAUUUUAAAAGUAUUGUUAAAAUGCAGAUAUGCAGCAUGAUUUUAGUAACAUUGCAGCGAUAUUUUAAACAUGUAAAAAUAAACUGCAAUGAUUUUACGUAUAAAUAUUAGUGCACAUUUUGUGGUUAAGGUUUGUAAACAAUUUUAUACAGAAAUCUUGUAAUGUAUUUAAGCACGAAUUUAUCGUGAUUAAUUAUGUAAAGCUAUUUUUGAAAACAUUUGAUAGUAACAAUUUUUGCAAUUGAAACAAUUUUUCCAAACCAAAAUACAAUUAAAUUUUUUAAUUGUGUACUCACAACAAAGUUUUAAUAUUAAAUUUUAAUGUGAUUCUAAGGCAUUAUAUAAAUCAUGAAUAAUUUGUAGGACAAAUUUAUCAGCAAAAAGGUAAGGAAAUCAUUAUAUAAAUUAAGAUUUGCAAAUCUUUUAAUAACGUAUCAACAGAUAUCAGAAUGCAUAUUUUAUACAAGAGUACAUAUUAUAUUAAAUAUAAAUAUAUAUAAUACGUAUUACAAUAGUGCAUUGACAUAUUUUUGCUUAUUUAUUUUUUAAAUUAUUCUAGCACUAUUAAAUAUAUAUAAUACAUUAUAUUGCUGCAAUAUUACAAUUCUUCUAGUAAAUGAUAUUUUACAGCAACAAUUUACAUCUUUUAUUCAUAAUAUUAUAAACGAAAUAUUUUUGUAAACUUUCUGUGCUGUAUGGAUCGUUCAUGCGUAUAACAUUCCUUUCUUUUAUUUAUUAAAAGGAUAUCGUCAUAAUACGAUCGUUCAACUAUCGCAUUCCGCAUGUAUCAAAUAUACAUCAAAUUAAUUGCAUUCCCAUCCGAGAUGAUCGAGAUUAUAUCGCGUCCGCCGUGCGGUCGCAGUUAACGCAAACCAGCUGACGCGCUCGGAAUGUUCUUCGAAUAAAGUUCCAUCCGGUGCGGCGUACAGUUGCGGCAUCCGAGCAGCGCCGAGCCGGGAAAUAUAUAUAUCGGUCGCGGAAAGCGACGCGGAAAGUUCAUCCCGGGGAAACAGAGAAGCUCGCAGCGGCACGCGUGACACCGGGAGAGAUACGAUUAAUUCGACGCGCGUGUCAAACCUCGGCGAAAUUUCACCGAUUGCAACACGAGAUACAAACCUAAACCUAAACAGCGCGGUAUGCAACGUAACAUUUCAACAACAUUGCAACAACGUUACAGCACAUUUGCAACAUUUCAACAACAUUGCACCAAUCUUACAACAUUUCAGGAACAUUGCAAAAACCUUGCCGAGUAAAACAACCUUGCUGCAACAUUGUUGGAAACUCCCGAGCUGUAUGGGAAUCCUUAGGUCGCGACUUCGACCAGGCGUCUCCGAAGUUCACGUGAGCGUUCGAAGCGUCUCUGAAACAUCUCAAUCCACCGUUACGACUCGACUCUCUCCGAAUUUACCUGCACGUCCGAGUGCGCAUCCGGCGCGCGAUUUUCACCGCGCGCAAAACUGGAAAACACAGAGCACACGUCGAGAGACUCUGCUGAGCGGACAGAUUGACGUGAUAGUGCGGGAGGGCGGGGGAGGGCUACGGAAGCGAGAAUAUAUGUGGUGUUCCGGAAUUGCCACCGGCGGCGAGGGAGCGCGCGGUGCCGGGACCGACGACACGUGCGAGGGACAAUGCUAAGAUAACGUUAAGCUUUAAGUGAUUAAAGAAUCCGUAUCGUACUGGUCUAUCCGUGUAUACGUCUCCAUAGAUCUCCGAUCGCGAGUGGGUCGGUCGUGUGUCGUAGCGGGAGAAUCCGAGGCGCGCGUAUGCAAACGUGACUACGGCGCGCGACGCGAAGCGACGUUAUUCCGGGCGGUAACAAUGCAUUACGACGCCCUAUAUUUUCAAGGGACGUGUACACAGCGUCGUCAAAUAAAUAUUUAGAUGCGAAGCAAGACGGAGCUACCGGCUGUCGUAAAACAGGCUUGAGAGGUAACGCGUUACGUUGUUAUCGUUUUCCCUUUCUUUUGCGUAGCAAUCGUUACUCUUUCGUAAGUCUGUAACGAUAAUAAACUUUAUCGCUAUAUAUUUUUAUCGUUACCUUAUACCAAUACGUGCGUAUGGGCCAUAUUGCGAUUAACCAAAGUGUUUUAUGAAAGAAUAACGAAUCGUUACUUUCUGAGUAACGGUAUAACGGUAACGCAUUACUUUUAUAAAAUAAUUAUUUUUAUAAAAUAUUCCCAUACACGUUCACACGCAUACAAGUACGAAACAUUUUACGUUAAAACAGGUCCAUGGUAAAACUUUUGUUGACUUUUUUUUUUAUAUACCCGAACAUUAAUUGAACAUAACGUUAUCGUGUUUAUCCGAAUGUUUUGUGGUAAAUUGAUAUUUAACAUUUCUUAGCGUUAAAAUAGCACAAUUUAAGGAUAAAUGAUUAAAUAACAAAAAUAAUGUAGUGUUGAAAUGUAAAUUUUAAGAUAACAGAAUAAGAUAUACAUGUCUCAACAUGUUAUAAAUGUUAAUUUUACUGAAGAAAACGCUUCUAUGCUUCUAUGCCACAAUUUGUUUCCAAGUUAUGUCAUAGUGCAACAUUUUUCGCAUUGAUUUUUUACAUAAUAUUGAUCUUAUUUUGUAUUAUAUUUAUUUUGUGUUAAAUUAACAAAAAAAAUUUGAAUUGGUUAUUUGGGACAUACGUUAAAUUCAACACAAAUUUUCUAGCUGCAUCAGAUAAAAUUUAAUGUUCUUUUUAAAUAAAUGGAAAACCUUUGAAAUUAUCAUUUUUUUGCCUCUUUGAAAGUUUUCUCGAAAUUAUAUAUGUUAGCUAAAUUUAGACAAGACUCAUGUUUAGACUCGUGUGCAAGCAAAAAUACAUCGGAAAUGAUUUAUAUUUGUGUGCAAAAUAAAUUGCGUUAUUUAUUCCGAUUUUUAUGGCACUGUUCUGUGAGCGGCUAGAAAAUUAUACAUGAUGCAUGUGUUUCGUGAUGCAUUUAGAUUUGCUGGAAAGUCACAAUGUACACGUAACUGUUAGUAAUAAACUUUUCUAGCUUUUAUUAUAAAUAGAAGCGUAUAAAUCUCAUUUUUCACACAAAAUGACAUUUCUAUUUCUACAUUUAUAACACGUUGUGCAAAGAUUUUGGAACAACUCCGAAAUACGAAAAUGAAUGAAAACAUAAUGAUUUAUAAUUGUUAAAUGUGUCUAAAUUUAUGUAUUGGCAACAUGAGACUUAUGACGACAUAUUUGGUUAAUUUAUUAUCUGUCCGCAUAACGAUCGUAACAAUUGGACAUUUAUAAAUCUGAACAAUUCUAUAGUUGCUCAAUUUUUUCCGUGGCUUAUUUUCUGGUGUUUAUUUUCGAAUUCGUAUUGUUUCUUAUAUUUUUAUAUUUUACGCGAAUCUACACGGACAACAUGAAAACGAUAAAAAAUAGAAGAAAAUUUCUUCGACAACUCCGUCUGCUCCAUUUUUGUCGUCGAGCAGAAAUAGUUUUUAUGCCGGAUAUCACUUGAAGGACUCGAUACGCUUCGGAUACGCAUUAUCAGCAGCACGAUCGACCCACGAAUAGCCGUACUGUAAAUACCUUCUUGAAUGUAACGAUAAACGAUCGCUGUAACUCUCUUCGGCAUGAUUAAGAACCACGAUGUAACUCUUACUAAUUCACACUCUUAGAUCGAUCGAGUGCUUCGUCAUCUAAAACGCAAUCGUUACACUGAGACUUUCAUCAUCAAUCGGUAGUAUCGAUGAUCGUGGCCUGCCAAAAAGAUUCCGAAUCGCGUUUCCAGCGCGUGAAACUUUUUUUGAUAUAAAAAAAAAUGAGUAGACCAACAAAAGCAUAAAGAAAAAGAAGAAAAAGAGCAAACGCUACACCACAGGGUGGAAUAUUUGGUCGCCACGAUUGUCGCGCUAAGCGGAAUCAAUCGGUAUAUUCAACAUAGAGAGAUCAUUUCAGUCACCGAACGAAAAAUCAGCAAAAAUUAGGAAAUGACUCUUUUGAGAAAAAAAGUUAGCGAAGAUGAGGCACAGCCUUGUAAAUAAAGGAGGAUCCGAUUUCCGAUCGUGUUAUCGUCGCGUUUUACUCGCUGUGAACCAGGGGUGCACAAGACACAUCGCCCACGUCUCAUUCCUUUCGCCCGGUACGCAAGCACGCGAAGUACCAAAGUGCGAGCAUAUUAAAUAUUAAUCCCUCUGCCGCCCGAGGAGUAACUUUACUUUCAAACUAAAUUACAGGGGGGGAAAAAGGGUAUGCCGAGGUAAUAUCGGGAAUUUUGCUGAGCAGCGGAGAGGUCAAAUGAUCCGGCACGGAGCUCGAUGAAAUUUUGCGCACCCCUGAGUCUAAUAUCUGGCGAUGGCGACCGAGAGGUUCCCCGUUACGGCGGCGGGGAGAAGGCGCGACGUGGUUGUAUGUUCCUGGAGAAGAGUUCCCCACGAUGAGACGCGUCCCCGACGACGAUCGUACCGUGCACGAUCGUCGUCGGGCACGAAAGAACGAGUUUCUGCAAAAUCACCACCGUAUCUCCUUUUUUUCUCCCCCUUUUUCCCUCUUUCCCACAUCCCGUCCUCCUGUUCUUGUUACCCUUACCUUAUCCAUGCUUUUUUAUACGCCGAACGAGAUCUGUCCUCGUUAGUACUUGUAAAUGGCUUUCGCACACGCGGGUGCCGCUAAUCCUGCUUCUGUAUAUUCCGGAAAGAUAUUAAAAAAAGAAACGUGGAACUUGGACGCGGGCGCGAUUAAGGAGGUUUAUUGGCUAUAAGCGCUACUUUAUUCUUAAAAUUAUGUAAAACGAUUAAAAUGAUAAUUUUUACAAUUUUAUCAACAAUAUAUAAUUCGCUAAUGUCAGUAUACUUGUUGUUAACAUUUUAUAUGUUUUAUUUAAUAUUUAAAAAAUGACAAAAUAGCAAAUGUAAAAUACUUAUUUAAUUUACGGGCGUUUUAAUGACGUGCCUUUGUGACGUUCAAAAAUAUUAAAAAAGAGAAAAUAUUAGGUUAUCUCAAAUUAUAUGUCAUAUGUAUAUAUCUCUUUUACACUCAAAAAUAUACAUGACAAAAUAUAUUAAUAAAUAACGUAUCUUUCUAUUUCUUAUGUAAUUGAUUUUGAAUUCAAUUGUUUCAAAAUAUUUUAUUUUUGUAAAAAUAACAACAUAUAAAAAAUAUGAGUAUUUUAAAUUUGACUGAUAAUUACACAAUAUUGCCAUGUUACCAAAUAUGUCGAUUUGACAAAUAUUUUCGCUUUGCUUAAAAUUAUGUCGAAGAAAGCAAACAUGCGUAUUUACAUAUUUACUUUAUGAUUAGAAUAAUUUUUCAUCUUAUAUGCAAACGUAUUAAAUUCUGUACAUUUAAAAUUAAUCUUUGAAACAGUAAAAGUCAAUAAAAUUUUUUUUCCGGAUAUUGUUGAUAUAAUUAACUUUCGCAUUUUUUAUAUAUGUAUUACAGACUUCUAUCUUAUAUUUCAUCAAACGCCAGAACCUUCUUAAUUACCUCGCGCCGAGCGCCGCGUACGAACGAGAACGGACUGGUAGCGAAUAAGUUCAACCCGAUUGUACGAGAUCAAUUACUUGUUAGCACACGAGCGGUCAGCGAUACGCUCUUAGCGACACUACUCGAAGGAUGUUAAACUAUCGAACGUACCAUUAAUGUAUAUAUAAACGAGCAGUACCGAUUUAUCGUUUAUGUUGGAUCCAAUUGUACCAGAAUUCCUAAAAACAAUUAAAGGAGAAGAAAUAACGAUUAUUUGUGGGA